GCAAACAUGUUAUCCAAAUGCCGGCUGAAAAAUCUGAACCCAUAGCAAAGGCUUUAAUGGCGCUUCAGCCGCAUAGGUUAUUCUCCAUGGGUUGCUUGCACGGAAAUUUCACCUGUUCAUCUCGACUUCUAUCUAUGCCACAAUGCAGGGAAUUUCAGAACUACCCAGGCACUUGUUUGCCGUAUGCGCUACGUGGCGACAGCAGUAAAUAUGGGAAAUAUGUUCAUUUUAAAUUCAGAAGAACAAGGGUUCCUUGCGGGAUUGCUGCUAAUCAAUUAAAGGAUAGCUUCAAGGUUGAACAUGAACCUUUUAUCAUCAGAAGCCUUGCCGAUGGGUUCGGGCAUGGUACAAUUUAUACUUUCCAGUCCCAGUUUAGAGCUGGGUUUCCUUGUACUGUUAAUCCCAUUAAUACUUUGAGGUGUUCAAACAAGAGUUUUAGAUCAAAUUCAUCUUGUCAAUAUGGUCGUCGAGGUUUUUCUUCAGUUCAUUCUGUUGAGAUACCCCAGGAGUCAAUAAAUUCAGUUAAUAGAAUUGAUAAUCUGGCUUUGGGAGUUGGAAAUAGUGGAGUUGAUAAUUUUUCUGACAAGAAAGUCUGCAGACAGCUGAAGCGUACAAAGUCAUUGGCUGCUCAUGGAAGAAGUCAUGAUGGAAAUAUACAAGUUUCAGAUUCCUCCCUAGCUGUUAAAAGGAGUGCUCCUAAUGCUAGCAAGACGGCUGCUGAAAUUGAGGAUUCAGUGAAGCUGGAUGAGAAGGUAACCAAAGAUGCCUUGCAGGAUGUGAAGUCAGGAUCAUCUGUUAAUUCUUCAUCUAAAAGAUCCAGUAAAAACCAAGAAGCUAACACGGAAGGACAAAAGAUGCAGCAGUCAAGAAGUAAGAAACAUGGUGAACUUUUUGGCACAAGUUCAUCUUCUGUUGGAACUAAGGCUAAAGGUUCUAAAAAAUCUACUCAUGCUGCCAAAGCCACCCAAUCCGACACUGCUUCAAAAAAUCUUCCAGCAGAGGAGAGCCAGGAGACACUGUUGACAGUGGUCAGCAGUGCUCCUUCCACAGACAAGAAGUCCACAAAGUUGGAAUCAAAUCGGAAGUCUACUAGAACUGGUAAAUCUCAGAUGAAAAAUACUAUUACAAAAUCAAGUAAGGCCUCCUUGAGAAAAAGCAACAAGUCUGUGCAAGAUUCCUCCAGCAAUGAGUUGCCAAAGGCUCAGAAAUUGUUAGAUGAGGGAAAGAUUAGGCCUUUUGGGAGCAUAUUGAAGCCAUUAUACCCUCCCACUGGCAAAUCUGUGGUAGUAGUGGAGUCCCUCACAAAAGCAAAGGUUAUUCAGGGCUACCUCGGGGAUAUGUUUGAAGUCCUGCCUAGCUAUGGUCAUGUGAGAGAUUUGGCUGGUAGGUCAGGAUCUGUACGACCAGACAAUGACUUCAGUAUGGUGUGGGAGGUUCCAUCUGCUGCAUGGACUCAUCUUAAGAGUAUUAAGGUUGCGUUAAAUGGGGCAGAAAAUCUUAUCCUUGCAUCUGAUCCCGACCGUGAAGGAGAGGCGAUAGCCUGGCACAUUACAGAGAUGUUGCUACAGCAGGAUGCUUUGCAUGAAAACAUCACUGUAGCAAGGGUCGUCUUUCAUGAAAUAACUGAAUCGUCCAUCAAAAUUGCCCUGCAGUCUCCAAGAGACAUUGCUGUGGACUUGGUUCAUGCUUACCUUGCACGUCGUGCUCUUGAUUACUUGAUUGGAUUCAACAUUUCACCAUUGUUGUGGAGGAAAUUGCCUGCUUGCCAAUCUGCUGGACGGGUCCAAUCAGCAGCCUUGGCUCUAAUAUGUGAUAGAGAAAUGGAAAUUGAUGAAUUUAAACCACAUGAGUAUUGGACUGUUGAUGUCGAAUUUAACAAAAAGGAGCCUGGUUCCUUGGACAAUGGCUCCUCUUUCACAUCACACUUGACACACUUCGAUUCUAAGAAGUUAGAGCAGCUGUCAAUCAGCUCAAAUGUGGAGGCAAAAUCCAUUGAACAGAAGAUUACUUCAUCAAAUUUUGAAGUGGUACGCUCUAAAAGGAGCCAAAUAAGAAAAAAUCCUCCAACACCAUACAUAACAUCAACUAUUCAGCAGGACGCUGCAAACAAAUUACAUUUCACAGCCACAUACACGAUGAAGCUUGCCCAGAAGUUAUAUGAGGGAGUUAAACUAUCGAAUCAGGAGGCAACGGGAUUGAUAACAUACAUGCGGACAGAUGGUCUCCACGUUUCCAAUGAAGCUGCGGAGGACAUACAUUCCUUGGUCAUGGAUAGGUAUGGGCAGGAUUUUGCAUCAGACCGCCCUCGUAAGUACUUUAAGAAGGUGAAGAAUGCUCAAGAGGCCCAUGAAGCUAUCAGGCCAACCAGCAUUCGGAGAUUACCAUCUAUGCUAGUUGGAAUACUUGAUGAAGAUUCCUGGAAGUUAUAUACUCUUAUAUGGACUCGAACAAUAGCCUCCCAAAUGGAACCCACUGUGAUUGAUCAGAUACAACUUGAUAUUGGAGGUGAUGGUGAGUCCAUUCUUCGAUCUACCUGCUCAAGAAUCAACUUUCUUGGAUAUCAAGCAGUUUAUAAGGAUACAGAAGCUGCACCUCUCGGAUAUGAAGAAAAGGAAAAGGAUCCUCGUGAGGAACUUUUUGGUGUUCUCUCUGCUCUGAAGUCAGGAGAUCCAUUGUGUCUUGGUAAAGUGGAGCUCAAGCAGCACUUCACACAACCUCCUCCGCGCUACUCUGAAGGGUCAUUGGUUAAAAAGCUGGAGGAACUUGGGAUUGGAAGACCUUCUACUUAUGCAAGUAUUAUGAAGGUUUUACAGGAUAGGAAUUACGUGACAGUAAAGAGUCGAGUAUUAUAUCCCGAAUUUCGUGGCCGUAUGGUAUCGGCUUUUCUUGCCCACCAUUUCUCUGAGGUGACAGACUAUAGUUUCACUGCUGAUAUGGAGACUGAGCUUGAUAAUGUUUCUGCGGGAGUGACUGAAUGGAAGGGCCUUCUAAAAGAUUAUUGGACACGAUUUAGCAUGUAUUGUGAUAAUGCUGCAAAUGUCAGCCCACGGCAGGUGGAGAAAAUGUUAGAGGAAACAUUUGGAGAUUUCUUAUUUGCGUCUCUUCCAAACAGGACAUGCCCAAGUUGUUCAACAGGUACUUUGGUCUUUAAAGUGAGUAGGAUUGGUGCAGGCUAUUUUAUCGGUUGUGAUGAGCACCCGAAAUGCAAGUAUAUUGCAAAGACUAUGUACGGGGGUGAUGAAGAAGAUGAUAGUUCUGAGAAACAGGAGAUGAUUUCCGAGCCAAAACUGCUGGGUCUUAAACCUGGUACUAAUGAGAAGGUUUUUCUGAAGAAUGGUCCCUAUGGGUUCUAUGUCCAGCUUGGUGAAGAUAGAAAGGGAUACUUGCCAAAGAGAGCUUCUGUCUCUCAGAUAAAGGAUGUGGAGACCAUCACCUUAGAACAAGCACUUGAGUUGCUACAGUAUCCUGUACUGUUGGGGGAGCAUCCAGAGGAUAAGCAACCAGUCUAUUUAAAACUUGCAAGUCAUGGGUUUUCAAUUAGACAUAGGCGCACGAUUGCACCAGUUCCUAAGAACAUGAUUCCGAAGGACAUUACUCUAGAGAAGGCAUUGAAACUAUUGUUGGGUAAAAAUGUAAGACGAUGUGGCCGACCUAAGAGUAAGCCGAAGGUUGAAGUUGUGUAAAAAAUGCUUAAUGAUCGAGUUCGAAAGACUGAGUGUUCGUUCAAUCAACAUUUAUUCGUUGAGAAUCUCUUUUAAUCUCCUGAUCAACAGCUGGUUGGGCGACUGAGCAUGUGUUUUUGAGGCAUCUCAAGUUAUUUAUUGUUGGCAAAAUGAGAUGUAUAUAAUAAUUGUUAAUUUAGUCAAUUUUGUUU